AUGUCACAUUUAUUUUAUGAUCCACAACGAAGUUUACAAUUUCUUCGUGCAUUUCAGGGACAUGAAAUUGAUUUUAAAGAAUUAAUGAAAGGUUAUGGAUCAACUGUUGAUGCUCCAACAGAAGAAUUUUAUGAGAAAAUUCAUCAAGUUUAUCCGAAAGCAAAACUUAUUCUGACAAUUCGUGAUAAUGGAUGUAAAUGGUUUGAAAGUAUUAAAAAUACAAUUGGUCCAAUGGGAAUUCAUCGUCGUUAUUUAAUUCUUUUUUAUCCAAUUCGAUUUUUACGUUUACAAUGUCUUGUUAAUCGAAAAUUAUUUCAAAGAUGGAUUGAAAAUUAUGGAAGUUUUGGUCCUCAAAUUCAUGAUUUACAUAAUCAACGAAUUAUCAAUGAAAAUUCCAAAGAAAAUUUAUUAAUUUAUAAUGUAAAAGAAGCUUGGGAACCUUUAUGCGAAUUUCUCCAUGUACCGAUUCCAAAUGAUAUUCCUUUUCCAAAUAUUAAUGACACAAAAUAUCUUCAACAUAUCUUUUUUAUUCUCAAACUUUUCGCCACUUUUGUUUGGAUUUGCAUUUUACUUUUCAUUUCUAUUUUCAUUUAUUGCAUUUUUAGAUUUAUUGCGUUCAUUUAG